AUAGCCAUGCCAUGGUUUGGAUUAGAUAUUGGUGGUACGUUAGUGAAGCUGGUCUAUUUUGAGCCGACUGAUGUAACUCCGAAUGAGAUAGAGGCAGAGAAAGGUGCCUUAAAGAAAAUUCGUCACUACUUGACAUCAAAUUCAGCGUAUGGUUCAACUGGAAAGAGAGACGUUCAUCUACAAAUGGACAAUGUUGUAAUUGGAAAUCGUACUGGAAUUUUGCAUUUCAUUCGAUUCCCUACCAGUGCCAUGAAUGUGUUCUUACAGCUUGCUAAAUCUAAAGGGAUGGCUUAUAUGUCCAGUACAGUUUGUGCUACUGGUGGUGGUGCUUUCAAAUUUGAAGAAGACUUUCGUCAUGAAAUGAAUAUGGAACUCCAUAAGUUUGAUGAAUUGGAUUCAUUAAUUAGAGGAGUUGAGUUCAUAAAUGCUUAUAAUGAACAUGAAUGCUAUUACUAUGUUGACCCUUUAGAUGAAGAAAACUGUAGAAAAGAAUAUUUUGAUCUCAAUAAUCUUUAUCCAUUUUUGGUUGUCAAUAUUGGAUCAGGUGUCAGUAUGCUAGCUGUACAUUCCCCUACAGAUUUCAAAAGAGUUACCGGAACUAGUUUAGGAGGAGGGACAUUUCUAGGAUUAUGCUGUCUUCUUACUGGUUGUGAAUCAUUUGAAGACGCUAUUUCACUAGCAGAAAAAGGAGAUAGUACAAAAGUUGAUAAGUUAGUGCGUGAUAUUUAUGGUGGAAGCUAUCCUAAGUUUAAUCUUCAAGGAGAUACUGUAGCUAGCAGUUUUGGUAAUAUGACAAGUAAAUCGAAGCGUGCUGAUGCCAAAAGGGAAGAUUUAGCUCGAGCCACUCUUGUGACCAUAACUAAUAAUAUUGGAUCCAUAGCACGAAUGUGUGCUGUCAAUGAGGGUAUAACAAAAGUAGUUUUUAUAGGAAACUUUCUUCGUGUAAAUUUUUUGUCUAUGAAACUUCUUGCUUAUGCCAUGGACUUUUGGUCAGCUGAUUCUCUGAAAGCUCUAUUUUUGGAACAUGAGGGCUAUUUUGGAGCUGUAGGAUGUCUGAUGGAGCUUAUGAAAACUGGCAGUUCAUUGUAG